UUAGAUUGGUCUACAAAUAGAAGGCCCUAGUGAGAUGUACAUAUACUGAUCUUCCCCUCAAGCUGCCAACUAUGAAAAUCCAUCAAAUUCUUACCGGUUUAGCUCCUCUGUUAAUAUUCGUCAAGGCACUUCCAAAUACCCCUGGACCUGCAGGAAGAGCUUGUCCUGUCCCACAGGCAGGGGAAUGCAUGAAGCCAAUGACUGCCGAUGGCAAAAAGACCAUAUACAGUUAUGCUAAUUGCGGUCAACUCUUCUGUGAUACAGCAGCAGACGGAGGAGGCUGGAUCAUAUUCCAGAGACGAACAUUCAAGGAUGUGUAUUUUAAUAAAACAUGGAACGAGUUCAAAACUGGAUUCGGAACAUACUGCACAGACUUCUGGUUGGGCUUAGAGACUAUCUCCCAAAUGACAAAUCAGAACGAUUACCAGAUGAGAAUCGACUUGCAAAAAGGCAGCAAUAUUAACUAUGCACUGUACAACACAUUUAAAGUUGCCCCCGCUAGUCAGAAAUACAAGCUGACUAUAGGCGACUACUCCGGGAACGCGGGAAACGACUUCAUAUCCCACAACAACGCCAUGUUUUCCACAAAAGAUAUGGACAAUGAUGGAUCGGUGGACGACAAUUGUGCACAGUUCUUUAAUGCAGGCUGGUGGUUUACAGACUGUUUCAGUGAUAAUCUCAACGGCGACUUCUUAAACAGUGAUUGGGGGAUGGGUGUCAUAUGGGCUCCUCUCAUGCCUGAUUUGGAGGGGUCGCUUGAUUGGGUUGAAAUGAAAAUGAGAAAAAAAUAGAUAAAGUUUCUUGUCUGUUGCGUUUGCUAAUCAGUUGAGGAAAAGAAAAAAAAAUUAACUCUUUCUCUCCGUAAUUAUUUACCACAUCAUGGUAAAAUCAACGCUGGUAUCGUCAGUUAGGAGAGAAAGAGUUAAACACUUUUCCUUUAGACACACUAGUUUCUUCUAGCAAAUGUUUUUAUUUGUUAAUAAACAAAGCAGUGUC